CCUCAGUAGUGUUCUUUGUGUGUGUGGUGUUCUUCCCUCUUCAUUGGAUCCAAAUUGCAAAGUGCAUCCUCAGUUACCAAUCCAGCUUCCAUUUCUGAGGAUAGACGACUAAGAUGGCUUUUCAGCAAUUUUUGAGGAGGAAACUCCAAUCUCACUUUCAUAAUCCUACUCUUAUGUCAUCCAUGAUCACAAAGAAAGAUGGUGUUGGUUCUACUGAUGGAAGCUCCUUUAGAGCACUUGCACUACUUGGAGCUAGUGUCACUGGGUUUUUCGGUUUUGCAACGACAGCAUCAGCUGAUGAAGCUGAGCAUGGCCUAGCAUGCCCAAGCUAUCCAUGGCCUCACAACGGCAUCCUCAGUUCAUAUGAUCAUGCAUCGAUUCGUCGUGGUCAUCAAGUUUAUACACAAGUCUGUGCUUCCUGCCAUUCUAUGUCUUUGAUAUCAUACCGUGAUUUGGUUGGUGUUGCUUAUACAGAAGACGAAGUAAAAGCUAUGGCAGCUGAGAUUGAGGUAGUUGACGGCCCUAAUGAUGAGGGUGAGAUGUUCACACGCCCUGGUAAACUCAGUGAUCGCUUUCCUCAGCCAUAUGCAAAUGAAGCAGCUGCUAGGUUUGCUAAUGGAGGAGCCUAUCCUCCAGAUCUAAGUCUAAUUACUAAAGCUCGUCACAAUGGUCAGAACUAUGUGUUUGCCCUUCUAACUGGUUAUCGUGACCCUCCUGCUGGUGUCUCGAUUAGAGAGGGCCUGCACUAUAAUCCUUAUUUCCCUGGCGGAGCUAUUGCCAUGCCUAAAAUGCUUAAUGAUGGUGCUGUUGAAUAUGAAGAUGGUACUCCUGCCACUGAAGCACAGAUGGGGAAAGAUGUUGUGUCAUUCUUGUCUUGGGCCGCCGAACCCGAGAUGGAAGAAAGAAAAUUGAUGGGAUUUAAAUGGAUAUUUGUUCUAACAUUGGCAUUGCUUCAAGCUGGCUACUACCGUCGCCUUAGGUGGUCCGUUCUAAAGUCUCGCAAGCUUGUUCUUGAUGUCGUCAAUUAGUUGCCUUCAAGUUUCCUUUAGAACUUUGGGAAAUAUAGUUGUUGGCAAUAAUUUUGUCAUGUGAUUAAGUCUUCUUAUCAAGUCAAUAUACAUGUAUGGAAUUACUGGAAGAGUGCUGUAUUUUUGUUUGAGAUAGAAAUAAUGCUGUUCCAUAAGAUAUAUGAGAUAUGUUAUGUUAACUUUAUAUGUCCAUCUCAACCCAUGUGUUGUUACAUUUUUCUGAGUACUAUAAUCUCAUUAUAAUCCAAUUUUGUUGUUUCGCUUUA